GAAACACAGCUGAUAUGCAAAUGCAGUCCUUUUGGGCAGAAAUUGACAAUCGGCUAUUACGACCAUAACUGCUUGUUCAUUUUGCGCUUGAAUAAAGAUUUUAUAGUAAUAAUAUUAAUAAUUGGAGUUUAAUUACAAAAAAAAAUUAUUUAAUUGGUAAAUUAAUGAAAAUUUGUAUAAAGUGAACUGAAGCAUUUACCACAACAAGACAUUAAACAAGUCAUUUUCUUUAUACACAUUUAUUCAUUGAUAAACCUAAACUCACCCUUUUUACCACCUUGUCAGAUACCGCAAUUGUUAAAUUUAGAAUUACAACUCAAAUAUGGGCAUUAAUGAAACUCAACAUGAUACACAAUCAGCCGAUGAAUGCAAUACAACAAAAUUAUCCUUAGAUAUUUUUCAGGAUAUUUUUAAGCGCAUUGAGCCGGAAGUGCAAAUCGAUACGUUUGAGAGUGAACAGGGGUCUGGGCGUGGUGAUAACUACACGGCAAUACUGUACCGUAUUCACCUUACUGGACAAAGAAGAUGUACAGUUGAUGGAAAAAAACUAAAAUGGGAGAAGAAUUUAAUUUGCAAACGAUUACCAGAGAAUGUGCAACGUAGAGAAGCAUACAAAAGUGAUAAAUUAUUUAGAAAUGAAGUCGAAUUUUAUACAACGAUUAUGCCUGAGCUAUUGAAAUUUCAAGGCAGCAAGACAACACAAGUAUUUAAUGCUGUACCAAAAGUUUAUAUUGCACAGCCGGAUAUUCUUGUGAUGGAGGACUUAAGAAUACGUGGGUUUGAAAUGCCUGAUCGAAAAAAAGGACUUACAGUAGAGGAAACAACACUCGUUUUGAAGCAAGUUGCUCAAUUUCAUGCUUUAAGCUUAGCGUAUAAAUAUGAAAAUCCGAAACAAUUUGAAAAAUUACGUAUGCUAACAACUGAAGGUCUAUUUUGUGCCUCCAAUGAAAGUUGGUAUAAAAAUUACUACGAACGUUUGACUAAAAAUGCAAUUAAAAUGGUCUCCGAUGUUUUACCUGAAGACUCAAAGUAUUUGACAGCUAUGAAAGAUUUUGCUGAAAGCUCAUCAUUUUUUUCACGCAUGGUAAAUUUAGUUAGCGCGGAGUCGCCUUUGUCAGCGAUUUGUCAUGGUGACUGUUGGGUUAACAACUUUUUAUAUCGAUACGAAAUAAAUAAUGAUCAAUUGAAAGUUUUAGAAGUUUGUCUUGUAGACUUUCAACUAAUACGAUACAGUUCUAUUGCUUUAGAUAUAGCUAAUUUACUAUUCUGUUGCACCAGUAAGUCCACACGGGAUGAGCAUUUACGUUCAUUUAUUAAACUAUACAGUAGUGAACUGUUUAGUUGGCUUGAAAUUCUAUGUAGUACAAUACCAGAGCAUUUUAACACACCAGAAAAAUUUGAAGAAUUAUUUACUAAAGAAUUAAAAACCUAUGGUCGUUUUGCACUUGGUCUAGCGUUAGACAUUAUACCAAUAAGUACUUGUGCAUCAGAAGAUGCUCCUGAUCUCUAUUUGAAUACACAUCUAACUGAUGAAACCAAAUUAGGUGCACCAGAAUUAAAUUUUCCGCCCAACGAUUUGUGCCGUCAAAAAAUGUCCGAAAUUGUUAUUGACAUGGUCGAUGGUGAUAUGCUGUAAGAAAAUGCAACAUCACUUAUAUUGCUAUCACUUAACAUAUACACGAAUAAGUUUCCUUAAACGUAUGGAAUUUAUAUAUAUGAUAUUAUUAUUUAAUCGAAAGUAAUGUAGUGAAAGUAAAAUGGUUUACAUGUAGGUAGUAAAACUUACUUAGGCAUUUGUAAUUAUUUGACUUAUACGUAUGAAAUCUACAAGAUGAAAUACUUGGUAGACUACUCAUGAAUAUUGUAUUGAAAUGAAAUUGUGUCGCUAUAGCGCAUGCUACUACAGGAUAUGUGAAUGAAUAUAUAUAGAAAACUCAAGUUCAGAGAUAAUUAAUAGUAUUUUUGCAGUAUUAAUAAUCAUAAAAAUAAGUAGCAGUAAAUAUGUAUGUUAUAUUUGUAUAACUGCGGUUAAAUGUGUAUUUGUUUGAUUUGGAAUGGCUCAAGAUGUGUAGAAUGUUUCAGUUUUCUCUAAAUCAUGAACACAUUUUAUAUUUUUUUCAUUUUUGAUAUAAAAUAUUUUAAACAAAAUAUACAUACAUAUUUUUAAAAAUUUUUUGAGCCAUGCAUAUAUUUUAUAUUCGCAAUGCUUUUUUGACCCUGAACAAAGUAAGUAUUAAAAUAUGCUUCUAACAUGAACACCUUAGACAAUAAAAGUAUUGUUAGAAAAACAACAACAAGCAAUGUAUAUUUAGUA